UCAUCUCUCCCUCGCAUCCUCCAAAUCCCAACAACCAAUUCCACAAACCAGUAGCUUCACUGACCUCACUCCCCAAGAGAAUCCACUCAUCUUUUACUUAACCAACAAGAGAUGCCAUUCCUUGCCCUAUACAAGGAAUCUUCACACUAACCCUCAUUUAUUGCACACUAUAGAGGAGUGUCCUCAUUCACCAGUAAGGGCCAUUGGUUCUUCCCUAUAUAAAUGCAGCACUAGCCAUUGCAGAUCCCCACCACCCAACACCCAUCUCCCUCUCUAUACUUCAAUUAUUUAUUCUAUCAAUCCCCUCUCCCCAAUUCUUAUCUAUACCAAUUCCUCUUGUUUCUCCUCUCAAGGGGUCCAAAUGGGGAGGCUUGUUUUGCUCUUGUUGUGCUUUGCUCUCAUUGGUUUUGAAGUCGGUCUCGGCUUCCGGAUCGACGAAAAUGAUUUGACAAGCGACGAGAGCGUUUGGGGAUUGUAUGACAGGUGGAGGAGCCACCACAAUGUGUCACGAGGUUACUAUGAGAAGCACAAGAGGUUCAAUGUUUUCAAGCAAAAUGCGAAGUUUGUGCACUCUUUCAAUAAGAAGGGUGGCGCCUCUUACAAGCUUCAGCUCAACCGGUUCGGCGACAUGACCAACGAGGAGUUCAGGCGGUUCUAUGCCGGGUCGAGAGUCAAUAGGCUCAGGGCAGCGCCGGAGGCUCCACAUGGCGAUGACAGCUUCAUGUACGCGGAAGCCGACAACCUCCCGCCGUCCAUCGACUGGAGGGCCCGUGGAGCUGUUACUGGAGUAAAGGACCAGGGGCACUGUGGGAGCUGCUGGGCGUUUUCGACUGUCGUCGCCGUGGAGGGCAUUAAUCAGAUAAAAACCAACAAGUUGGUGUCCCUGUCCGAGCAGGAACUGAUCGACUGCGAUAACAAGGCCAACCAAGGUUGCAAUGGAGGGCUCAUGGAGUAUGCUUUUGAGUUCAUCAAGCAAAAUGGGGGGAUCACGACAGAGGAGAACUACCCAUACAAGGCUCAGAAUGGCAAAUGUGAUGCACUCAAGAUGAAUAUGCAUGAUGUGACCAUUGAUGGACAUCAAAAUGUGCCCACGAACAACGAGGCAGCACUGAUGCAGGCCGCCGCUCAUCAACCUAUCUCUGUCGCAAUCGACGCCAGCGGCUCUGCCUUCCAAUUCUACUCUGAGGGGGUGUUCACAGGAGAUUGUGGAACUGAGUUGGAUCAUGGGGUUGCAGUUGUGGGCUAUGGGGCAACCGAUCUCGGAGACAAGUACUGGAUUGUGAAGAACUCAUGGGGAGUUGGGUGGGGGGAGCAAGGAUACAUAAAAAUGGCUCGUGGGAUCUCGGACAAGCGCGGCCUUUGCGGCAUAGCCAUGCAAGCCUCUUAUCCUGUCAAGAACUCCACAUCUGUGGCCGCUAAUAAUCAAGUUCCCAGGUCUUAAUAUUGACCACGAAGAAGCAUUAAAGCUGGUUUCAUCAAAUGUUGUUUUAUACAUAAUGAAGCAUAGACAUGCAAGCGAUCAUGUCCAAACAUAGUGUGCUUCUUAGUUAAGGGUGGUAUACUAGUACUCAAGAUUGUGUGCUUUUAAGGCUCCUACCAAGUUGCGUUCUCAUUGUUGUAUUACUUCCAUUUCUUCGUGGUUAACAUGUCUUAUGUAUCACUUAUUGUGCUUUUAUAAUUUUAUGAUUUAAGUAUAUGGAAAAUAAAUUCAUCCAUGU